CUGUGUCACUUAUUCGUAAGCACACAUAUUGUAGAGCACAGUCUCGGCCACCACUCAGCUGCAGACAUGAGUGACCAAAGAGUAACCUAUGCAGAACUGAAUCUGGCUAAGGACCCAAAGAGACAGCACAUGAAACCUAAGGGCACUAAAGGCUCCAUUCCAGGAACUGAGCAGGAACUAACCUAUGCAGAAUUAAAUCUUCAAAAUGCUUCUCAGAGUCUUCGAGGGAGUGACAAGAAUGACCACUGCAGAGCAUCCCUGUUACCUCCAGAGAAGCUCAUUGCUGGGAUCCUAGGGGUCAUCUGUUUUGUCCUGAUGACCACUGUGGUAACAACAGCUGUUAAUCAACGUAAUUCUUGGAUGACAAUAGAUAAUCUUUCCUCAGCAUAUCAUUGCGGUGGAUGUCCACCAGGAUGGCUUACAUAUUCCAACAACUGCUAUUACAUCAGCACUGAAUCAAAAACAUGGAAUGAGAGCUUGAUGGCCUGUGCUUCUAAGAGCUCUAACCUGCUCUAUAUAGAUAAUGAAGAAGAAAUGAGUUUUUUGAACAUUUUCAAAAUACAUCCAUGGACUGGACUGUCCCAGAGAAAUAAUACUAAUUCUUCGGUGGGGACAAUUGGCACAACUCUCUCUUCUGACCUGUAA